AACAUUCUCUUAUCCCGAAACACAACAACAUUCGCACAAACUUUUGACUUUAGCUGCUCCUUUAUUUUAUAGAAAAUCAAUAAAUUUUCAAUGAUAUUUCUAAUUUUCUCCAUUUUAUUUCUACAUCUUGCCAAUUGCGAUUAUACUCCAGAUUGGGAGUCGCUUGACAACCGCCCUUUGCCAUCUUGGUACGAUGACUCAAAGUUUGGCAUAUUCUGUCAUUGGGGACUAUACUCGGUGCCUGCGUUCAGAUCCGAAUGGAUGUGGUGGUAUUGGAAAGGAACACAACCAGAUAAAGACGUUGUAAAUUUUGUGGAUAAAAACUACAAACCCGGAACGACAUACGCUGAUUUUGCUAAAGAUUUUACCGCAGAGUAUUUCAAUGCGAAUCAAUUUGCUGAAACUGUGAAAACUUCCGGAGCAAGAUAUUUUGUGUUUACUAGCAAGCAUCAUGAAGGCUUUACAAUGUGGCCAUCUAGAACUUCAUGGAAUUGGAAUUCAAUGGAUAUUGGACCAAAGAGAGAUAUUGUUGGAGAACUCAGAGAUGCUUUCAAGAAAACGGAUGUUCACUUUGGUCUCUAUUUUUCACAAUUUGAAUGGUUUCAUCCGAUGUUUUUGGAUGACGGGAAGUUCAACACCACAUUUUAUCCAGAGCAAGUAUCAUAUCCUCAAAUGAUUGACAUCGUCACAAAGUAUAACCCCGAAGUAGUUUGGAGUGAUGGCGAAUGGGACAAGUCGGAUGAUUAUUGGAAAGCAAAAGAAUUUCUUGCAUGGCUCUACAAUUCUAGUCCGGUCAAAGAUCAAGUUGUCGUCAAUGAUAGAUGGGGUACUGGUACAAUGGGAAAACACGGCGGAUUUAUGACAUACUCAGAUCACUAUGAUCCAGGAAAGCUAUUAGAGAAAAAGUGGGAAAAUUGCAUGACUUUGGAUAAACAUUCAUGGGGAAAUCGGAGAGACAUGAAAGCAUCAGAAGUGAAUACAGCUUACGAGAUAAUCGAGCAGUUGGCAAGAACAAUCGCGUGCAAUGGAAACUUGCUAUUGAAUGUUGGACCGAAUAUGCAUGGACAAAUCCCUGCUAUAUUUGAGGAUCGACUCGAAGAAAUUGGCAGAUUUGUGAACAUCACAUCCGAGGCCAUAUUUGGUACAAGGCCAUGGAUUCAUCAAAACGACACCAGUGCUUCAAAUGUUUGGUAUACUUCCAAAUAUUCAUCGGGAAAGAAGCCAUUGAAAAAUUUGUAUCAAAACGUUUACAAUUUUCAAUUGGAAGAGCACACCAUUGUUUAUGCUUGGAUUCUUGACACCUCACACGAGCAGUUUGAGUUGAAAUCAGUGAAAACAACCAAAAAUACAACAGCCACAAUUCUAGGAACCGAUGUAGUUCUAACUGGUUUUGAGGAGUCAGAUUCAAUGAUCAUUCUCAGUUCGAAGAUUGAUUGGAAGAAACUUCCUCGUCGUGACAUCAUUGUUUUGAAAAUUGAAAAAGCCGCAAGCUAUUUGAGAAAUCCUUUGAUGUCCACAAAUGAACAUCAUGUGCAAUAGGAUGACCAAUAUUUUUGCAAACAAUGGGAGAUAAUAAAUAUAUUCGUUGCAUACAUUAUUCACGUUUCCAUUAAUGAACGAAUUCAAUAUUUCA